AUAGUCUGUCAAAGUCAAAACGAAAAAGCCAGUGACUGACUGAUGUCAUCAUCGCGAUUUCUUCGUGAACGAAGUGGAUUGGACUUUAUUUAAUUACAAAAGUGGAGGCCUAAAUAAGGAAUUCUUACGAAAUUUAAGGAAAAAUAUUGCUCUCGCUACUCUUUGUAUCCACGGGCAGUGUUUCAAGAACAUUGUGGUGGAACCAUGUGUUCACUAUUCAGCCAAAAACAGUAAAUUUUUGGAGUAGUGACAAGUGUGGACAGUACCAUGUCAGGUACGGAGCAAAAUAUAGUUAACUCUAUGCAACAAUUAUCCGUGCAGCCAAGCAACAGUGGUCCUACAGAGAAACCGACUCAAGUGGUCACACCGGCCGUCAACCGCAAUCAGGCUGCAGUUAAAGUGACCCCCGUUAAGGCCAAUACAGUGUCUCCAGCUAUAGCAACAAUUGAUCGCCUUCUAAGCCUUGGUGCCAAUAUACCUCCCCCACCCCCAGUCAUCACUCGACCUUCAGACAUGGACCCUCACACAGUAGAGCAGCUGCGUGCAGUCAAAGAAUUGUUAACUACUCAAGAAGAAGAAGCACAGAAUCUAAGGGAUCUUAACCGUGAAUUAAGAGAACGCCUAGAAGAGUGUGAAACAAAAAUAAAAAAACUGACUGAACAAAAUGAAGAAUAUGCAGAGAAAGAGAAAAACUUAUCUCAGAGAGUGGCUGAAAAAGUGAGAAACAAUAAACAAAUGAGUGUUGUUAUGGAGGAAUAUGAAAGGACCAUCUCAUCUUUAAUUGGUGAAAGAGAUGCAGAAGGUAAGAGAUGGGUUGAAGAAAGAUCUACUCUUGUGCGUGAGAGAGAUGAAGCCGCAGCCCAUUUGGCAUCCAUGGAGCAUGCUUUUAAUGAUGUCCACACCAAGUAUGAGAGGUGCAAAGUUAUCAUACAAGGGUAUAAAAGUAAUGAAGAGACCUUAAAACGCACAGUUGAAGAAAAUAAUGAUGCUAUUCAAAAACUCGAGGCCAGAUAUGAAACUUUAAGGCAACAUGCCAUGUUACAACUCAACAAGGCUAAUGCUGAGUUAGAUUCAGUGAAAAAGGCCCACCAAGCAGAGAUUCUCAAGCUGAAUGCCAUGUUAAAGAAGAGUGAAGUCCAUGCUUCUUCUUUGCAGGAGUCUCUGGCGCAGAAAAUCAAAGAUAACGAAGAACUCACAGCUAUCUGUGAUGAACUCAUUAACAAGGUUGGUUAAACUAAACCUUUACUCAUUGUCAUUUAUUAUAAUAUCAUGCAUUUUAUAUUUGUAUUCAGGUAACUACAAUUUCAGGGAAAAGUAUAACACAGAAAAUUAUUAUGAAUAAAUCCUGAGAAAAUAAAUACAUUCAUUAAAGCAAGUACUGUUACCAUUUGUAAUAUCUUUUACAUGUUUGUAAUUAAUUAUUAUUAUUAUUUUGUAAUGUUUAGUGCAAUCACGUCCUUUUUUUUAUUUUUGUACAUUUUUAGUGUAAGUUUUUAUAUUUUUUGACAUUAUUGCUGUUGUUAUUCUCAGUACAGCUUUUGGAAAAGUAACAAUUUAUUUUGUAUUAACUAAGUUCAGUAUUUGUUGUCCUUUGAUUUCUAGUGUUAAAAAGAUGAAUUUGUUACAAAAACUAGCUCCAAAAUGAAAUUGAUUUUAUGUGUCUUUUGAAUUAAGCUUGAAUUUGGAAUAACCUGAAGGUUUUGUUCAAAUUUAAAUGGAGUUAAGGUAAUGAGAAAUAGCAUCGCAUUUUCGAAAUAUUCCUUAAUAAUCACUAGCUGCCAUAUUUGAUUUUGAAAUUUCUUUGUGUAUAAAUAAUUUAUAGUUACAUAAUAAUGUGCUUAAUAUUGUAGUUUUAUGGUAAAAUGUUUAUAUUAUCUAAUAUUAAGUGAUAUCACUAUGAAACAUCGAGAAAUAUUUAAGUUUGUAAUACUUACCAACAAAAAGUAGCCAAAAAAUCACAUAAUUGCUGGCCUCUAAUUUGAAUUCUUUUUUCUAGUCUUUCAUAAAUCAUCUGAAAAUGCUUGAAAGCUGGAAAAUAACUCUGAAUAAAUAAAUCUAUUAUAAAUGCAUGCUUUUAUUGAAAUAAUAAAGCAAUAAUAGAUUACUAGAAUCACACUAAGUGCUUGUUCCUCCUUGUUUACUUGGAUCUGCUAGGACUGCUUAUGCUACUUAGGAUUUAAUAACAGAAAAAAAUACUAUACCAAAAAUAAAGAGGUACCUUAUAAUAAUAUAACAAAAAUAUACUUUAAAUCUGUCUUUAAUUUAUUUAACGCUAAUUAAUAACUUAUAGAAACCGAGAUUUGCAAAUGUGCCUUUUGAAGUUAAACAGUCACCAUCCAUUCUGUCCACUUUGAGAUUCCUAAACAUAAUAUACGUUAAUCAAAUCUCUCUCUUUUAGUUAAUAAUUGUGAAUGUUGUUUAUGUAUAGAGUGUAUGUUUUUAAUUGGCUGUACUAAUACUGGAACUAUAUCAUACCUAACACACUUAACACGAAAAUUGUUCGACAUUCCACAAUGUUAUUUUUAUAGUUCUUUUUUACGUGAAAAAGUAAACCACUGUAUUGUCCCUUGCAAACAUCUGAAUCAAUAUUUUCGUCACUUUUCAAGUCGAUGGUUUUUCUUUCGUUUUGAUAGGUUUAAUCAAGGAUUAGUAACAGAAAUUAUAUUUUCAGUUAAUAUAAGUAUAAUUUUGUAAUUUUAUUACAUAUUUUUAUAACUCUAUAAUUUUCAUGUAAAUUACAUACAAUUUAUUCAUGUGAAUAGUUCGA